AUGAAAGCGAACGAGAAGACAGUCAUUUUGCACCCAGACGUCAUCCUGGUGCCGUACCGGUACGACUCGAUCGCUGCGUCUACGUAUCACGAAUGGAUGACGAGCGAGGAGCUGCGAGAGCUCACCGCAAGUGAGCCGCUGACACUCGAAGAGGAAUAUGAAAUGCAAAGAAAAUGGCAGGAGGACGAAGACAAGCUGACAUUCAUCCUGCUGUCGGGGUUGUCAUUCGAUGCCAAGGAAGACGAUCAGAAAGUGACUCCGGAACGCCUUGAAGGCCUUCCGAUGAUAGGCGACGUCAAUCUCUUUUUCAAGGGUGCUCCGGACGAGGAGGAUUUCGAGGUCGAGGUCGAAAUAAUGAUUGCAGAACCAGCCUAUCGCCGGCGGGGAGUUGCGCACACCGCGCUGCAGCUCAUGUUGUCUUACGCCACGGACCCGUCGUCCCCGAAGCCGCUUCCCGUCCCGAAGGACAGGUUUGUGGCGCGGAUUGGGGAGAGGAACGAGGCGAGCAUACGGCUGUUCGAGAAGCUCGGGUUCUCGAUUACGAAGCGGGCUGCAGUCUUUGAGGAGGUCGAGCUGAGGCUCACCGACGAGAGCAAGGUGUGGACAAGGGGGGACGUGAAGUUGCUCGAUGGUUAAUCAAGACCAAUGUACUAUUUUGAGGACGCGAGAAUCUUGUAGUGCAUACGUUGAAUCAAG